AUGACGGAGCUCGUGUCGACAACGAUCGCCGCCAAGAAAACGCAGCUCUUGGCGACCCAAGAGGUCCAGGACCUGGUCGCGUUUUCUCAAAAAGUUCAAGUCCGCGUCGCGCCGCUCGCCAAGUCGGUGCGUCAGCAGUCCCGCCGGGUCUCGCGUUCGUGCGUGCGCCAGCUGUUGGAGCUGAAAGACGCCCUGCGCGUGCCCAACCCGACGACCAACCCGCGCUUUGACGGCACGAAGCGGUACCUCCAAGCGUCGGUGCGGGGCAAGUCAGCACAGAGCAUUGAAGCGUCGACGCGCAAGAAAACGGACCGCUUCGUCGCCGCCCAAGUGGUCAUUGAACCAUUGGCCAAACAAACCGGCAGUGAGACGCCAUCACAAACCAACGCAGGGAAUGACAAGAGCGCGUCACUUUCCAUGGAGACGGCGCGCCGGUUCUUUGAUCACGUUGCGAGCUACGAUGACAAGGAGAAGAUCCCGUACUUGCAGCUCUUGGACCUCCUCCGACUGCUCUGUGGCCGCGCCAUGACACCAACAAGUGCUGUCGAUGCCUUCGAAGCCGAGAUCGACCGGCUCGAGAGCGUGCACGAGAUCACGUACUCGCUCACAAAGCUCCGGUUCCUGCAGAUCGCAACCGAGACCAUCCGGGACCCCGCGCUUGUCGACACCGUCGAGUGCGCGUUGGCUGUCACGCCGCCUGCCCCGCGCGUGGCCCGCGUCGUGGAAGAGACGAUCCCCAAGCCGGUCGAGACCCAUGAUGAGAGCGAGACAAAGGAGCUGCCGCUGACAGAGUGCGUCGAGUUCCGGCCCGACGACGAGGAAAUCUACCACGUGGGCACCGCCGGGCUCAAGGCGCGUGUGCUCGACGGCCUCGAGGCCAUGGUCCAGCUGCGCGAGCUGCACGUGCGCUCCAACUUGCUCUACAAGAUGACGGGCAUCGAGUCGCUCGUAAACCUCACGCAUCUCGAGCUGUACGACAACCAGAUUAAGAAGAUGGUGGGCCUCGAGAAGCUCGUCAAGUUGCGCGUGCUCGACCUCUCGUUCAACGAGAUCCGAUCCAUUCCCGAUCUGAGCCACUUGACGCAGCUCGAGGAGCUCUAUGUUGCCAACAACAAGCUCACGCACAUCACUGGUAUUGGCAACCUGCGCACGCUCGUCAAGCUCGACCUCGGGGCAAACCGCAUUCGCACCAUUGAAGGCCUCGACCACCUCGAGAACCUCGAGCAGCUCUGGCUCGGGAAAAACAAGAUUACGGCGAUUCAGGGCCUCGGCGCCCUCGCCAAGCUCCGCGUCAUGAGCAUCCAGAGCAACCGGCUGCUUGCGAUCGACAACUUGAGCGCCAACGUCGCCCUCGAAGAGCUCUAUUUGAGCCACAAUGGGAUCGAGGCGCUCGUCAAUCUCGACCACCUCACCAAGCUCACGAUCCUCGACGUGGGCGCCAACCGCAUCAAGACGAUCCCGCAGAGUAUGGGUGCGAACGUGGCCCUCGAAGACCUCUGGCUCAACGACAACGAGAUCAGCUCCUUUGACGACAUCCAGCACUUGGCCGCCAACACCAAGCUCGAGACGCUCUACCUGGAGCGCAACCCGCUGGCGUCGGACUUUGAGUACCGCCUCAAGAUUCAAGGCGCGCUCGCCAGUGUGCAACAGAUUGAUGCGACGCCCGUCGUGCGCCGCCAACAAGGGUGA